UCCUCGCCCCGGUUCCGGCAUGGCCAACCGCCGGUACCGGCAGCGCCGCUUCUGGGAUAAGCUGUACCGGCAGGAGGGUGCCGAGCCCCGCGAGUGGCUGGGCGGGUUGUCCCGCUUCUUCCCGCAGCUGGAAGCUGAGCUGCGUCCCGAUGAUCACAUCCUCGUCCUCGGCUGCGGCAACAGUGCCCUGAGCCACGACCUGCACGAGUUGGGCUACACCCGUGUCACCAGCAUCGACUUCUCCCCGGCCUGCAUUGCCGCCAUGCGCACCCGCUAUGCCCACUGCCCCGGCCUGCGCUGGGCCGUCAUGGACAUCCGUGCCCUCUCCUUCCCUGACGCCACCUUCGAUGUUGUGCUGGAGAAAGGCACCCUUGAUGUCCUGAUGGUGGAGGAGACUGACCCGUGGAAUGUCUCACCUCAGGCCACUGCUGCCAUGCACCGGGUGCUGACGGAGGUGAGCCGGGUGCUGCGCCCAGGGGGCUGCUUCAUCUCCAUCACCUUUGCCCAGCCCCACUUCCGCAAGCCCCACUAUGCCCAGGAGGCCUUCGGCUGGUCACUGCGCCACGUCACCUGCGGGGACCAGGAUGGUGACACCGGCACCUUCCAUUACUUCCUCUACCUCAUGCGCAAGGGACAGCCCCUGGAUGGCCCUGACCUGGCCCUGGGGCGCCGGCUGCACCAGCCCCCCAGCCCCCCCACCACACUGCCCCCUGCCCCCCCGGACGAUGAUGAAGACUAUCUCUUUGCCAUCCAGCUGUGACCCAGGGGAGCUUCCCUGCCCUCUCCUCUCCCUUUCCCAACUUAAGCCUUAAGCUGUUUCACCUUCGCAAGUGGGUGAGGGGGAACCAGUGCAUCCCCCCCCCCCAAGUUGCCCAGUGAUGUAUGUAAUGGGAGGAAAGGGAAGAGAGGGCUUGUCCUCAUUCUGGGGGGCAGCAGGAGAUACUGUGAAACACCACAGCUCUUCCCUGGCCUGGCUGGAGAGCAGCCAGGUCUCUGGGCUUUGUGGCUGGUAAUGAAGCCAAAUCAGGUUUAAUUCCACCCAUCCAUCUUGUGGGGAGCAGUUCCCCAUCCCCCUCUGCACCCUGGCACAGGCAGCUGGGCUGAGGGCAAGAUAAGGGGUGCUGGCACUGAGGGCAGGGGUAGGAUGGGAGGUGCUCACUGCCACCCCCUUCCAUGCCAUGCACCCCCACCCUGAGGCAGUGGGGGUGCACAAGGGCACUGUGUCCUUGUCACUCCAUGCUGGGUGGUGGGCGAGAUGCCAGUACAGGGCUGGGGGCACAGUAGAGCAGGUGGGCAAGGGGGGGUGGCACACUGCCCCAUCCCUCUCCAUCCCCUCUCCUGGCCACAGUGACAACCCUGGUGUGCCAGGCACACCUGGCCUGGUGACACGUGUGCCAGGCUGGUGACAUGCGUGUGCAGGGCUGGUGACAGACAUGUCACACUGUGCCAGCAGGGCUGGCAACAUACGGGUGCCAAAGCCUGAGUGCCGGCAUGGCAGCAAUGCAGGUGCUGCUGGGGGUGUUCCCAAGGGCUGUUUGAGUACCCAGCUCCUCUGAGGUGGGUGAUGAUGGGGCACAGGGAGAACCCCUCCUCAGAGGGAUGGCAGUGACAGACCAAAGAGGUGCGAGCUGCCAGGCUUUUCCUGGCGAAAGGCAUAAUUGGGUCAGCCAGUGUCUCCCCCUGCACUGGGAGCUGGUGAAGGACUCUGGGGUCAGCCCCCCCCCCUCCCUCCCCAUGCCACCCCAUCCAACAGGCACCCCAAAACCAUCUGGCACCUGGGAAGGACAGAAAGGAGCAGGCAGCUACUGGCCUCACCUCGGUACAUGAAUGUAUUUUAUUCAUUGCAUUUUGUUCACCAGUACAGUGAAAAAUGGCAUUUAAAUUUACAAUGGAUCAUUCGUAGAACAUCAUGACACAAGUAUUUUUUUUUCUUUUUCUUUUUUCUUUUUUUUUCUCAGUUUUGUUUUUUGUUUGGUGGUUGGGUUUUUUGUUUUUAUUUUUUUUGUGUGGUUUUUUGGCGUCGUUGUCUCCAUAAAUGCUACUCGUAGGUUAUUGAAAAAGAUGACAAGUUUCUCAUGCACAUCAGAACCCCCCAAGAAGCUUCUUAAAAAAUAAAAUUAAAUUAAAGUACAAAAUUAAAAACAA